UACAAUCAAAACAAAAACAAUUACACUAUUUGAAUUUACAAAAAUUGUAAUAUUAUGAAAGUGAAUUAUUUUGCUUUGAAUUACAUGAGAAGUUGAAUGUAUACUGUGAGAGACAUCGAAUAGACUAUCUGGCUGAAAUGUAUUGGAAUCGCUGAAGAAUUUAUAUCUAUGAAAAACAUUUUUUUAAAAAAAGAAAACAGUAUGAAACUCCGUAGAAACAAUGAAAAAUACUACUUAUAUUUUUAUCAAAAGAAAAUAAGCGAAGAAUUAAUAUAAUAAAUAUUGAAUAUUUUUUGUUAGUUUAAUUGAAAUUAAAAUGGCCCAAAUUUUCAAAAAUUUUCGCUUAAUAUUACGUAGUUUGCAAUUUUACAUCUGCCAAGAAAUUGAUUUGGCGUUUGGGUAAAUGAAAUUAUUGGCAGCAAAAAUCAAAUGGAGCCAAUGAAAUGCAAUUCAAAUAACUAUCUUCGUAAGGAAAUAGCUGAUGAUAACUUCAUGGAAGUGGGAUAUCCCCCCAAUCAAGUCACUAAAAAUGAGAAUCUACAUUCUCAGUUUCCGCCCCAGUAUUCAGGUGUACAUUUUAAUUCUAUGUCUGGACAUUAUCCAAGGCAAAUGAAUGCAUCUAUAUCUGAAAACUAUCCAUGUGUGCCCCAAGCUCCUGGUUCUUCUAAACCACCAAUAGGUAGUAAUAACCAACUCUCUGGUGUAUCUUCUAAUCAUCUACCUAAAGAUGGUAACAUGCCUUUUCAAAAUUCCAGUCAGCAUUUUCAACCAUAUGUGCCUACUCUUAUACCCCCUGUGUCUUCAUCGUCACCAUUACAAACACCAGUGAGCUCAACUGAAAAUAACCAGAGACCUUUAUUCAGUAUGCCUCCACCUGUGAUACCUGCUAGAAAUAUGGAUCCAAUGCAGUUUGGGCAGUUUCAUUUUCCACCACCUCCUAUUCCUCCACCUGCUCCUUAUUUUCCUCAUGGAUAUGUCAAAAAUGCAUCUUCCUUUCAUAAUAAUCAUUCACAGCAGUAUUUUAAUAACACUCCUGUGCAAACAGUUUUUCCCAGUGCUUCUAAUAUGGCUUCAUUACAAUCUUCAAAUUUCUUAUCUUCUACAAUGUCUCAAAUUAUUUCCAAUAUGCAGUCUACUAGCACAGUACCUGAAAAUAAUACAGUCAUUUCUGAGAAGGAAAAUUUAUUGAACAGUUUUCUCCAGAAAUUUAAUUUUAAAGAAAAACAUGAAGCAAAAAGUGAUAUCACUGUUGCAGAAUUUUGUUCUGGUUUAAAGAAAUGUUACUCUUUAGUCAGUUGGUUGCAAAGUAGGCGAGCACGUUUGGUUUCACUUCUUGAUUCAAACCAAGAAGAAUGGGAAAUGGAAUUGAAACAUGUCAAAGAACUGCAGGACAAACUAUCAGAAGCAUGUUCUGUGCUUUCAUUUCCAAAUAAUCUGGCUACUGUUCAAAAGAAGCUGAAAGCAAUAAAAAGGAAAAGGGCUCUUAAAAAGAAAUCAAGAGCAAUAGUCUUAGAACAGAGAGCUAAGAAAGAACAAGAAAGGGAAAAGCUACACCAAGAAAUUGACAAGUGGCUUGAUAAUUUAAAAGAGAAAAAUGAGAAAAUGAAAAGGGAAAUAGAGAUGAAAAAAGAAGCUGAUAAUAUCCUGUCAGAAGUACGAAGAAAAAUUCAUGAAGCUAAGAAAACCAUUGAAAAGUUAAAAGUGUUUGAGAAACUGAGAUCUUCCAGACAAACCAAUUCUGUGCAGAAAGGACUUUAUCCACAUCCAGAGCAUUCAGCAAAAUUUGAGGCAAAAAUAUCUCAGAUGCGUGAAAUAAUGCUCGCCCAGUUGUCCAACUAUGAGCAAGAGGAGAAAGCCCUCCAGGUGAUGUUAGAGACAGAGCAAGAAGAUAGGCGGGAAGAGGAGGCGCUCUGGAGGAAACGGAAGUUGAUGACUUUUCAACAGAAGAAGCAAAAGACCAUCCUAGAAAGUCUUUUUGGACAUUUUGAGGAGCCGGGUCCAGAUGAUCCUCUGUUUCUCUUUUAUCAAUAUCAGAAUUCAGGAAACAUGAGUAUUGAUAAUCUUAUUCAAAUAAGGCAUCAUUGGGAUGUCUAUUUGUCUGAAGAAGGUGAAUCCAUUCCACUCCAGUGGGUAGUUCCUGUCCCUCCUAGUAGUUCCUCAUGGGAUGAAUAUUGUACAAGUUGAAGAUUGUGGCAAUUCACUUUCUAAUUAAGAAAUCUGCUUUUCAUGUAUUAUCUUCUAGAUAAAAUUUUGAUUUCUUUUCAAUUCUAAAAUUUCCAUCAGUGUUCAUUUGAGUAUGCAAAAGAGUGUUUGCUUAUAUAAAAUU